UUGUUUACGUCAACAUAAGAAUAGACCUGUCAAGGCACACCUGUAUGUCUUCUGUAUUCCCACUGAGGCAUGUUACAACAAUGAGCUACUCAUUGCUCUUCACAUGUGGAAGUACCGAGCCGGGAUACGGUAGCUUUCUCUCCAUAACAGCGAUGAAAAUGAAGAGAAUAACAGUUGCUCGUCUCCUGAUGUGGAUCCUCAUGUUUUUGGUUAUAUGCAUGCACUCAGAUGGACUGGACAUAUAUGAAGUGGUACGACCAAUCAAACUCCAUGAUCUUCAUAAGAGAGAUUUAGAGUCCACCAGGCCUGACACUGUGAAAUAUGCCAUGACUCUUGAUGGCAAACAAAUUGAAAUGCAUCUGAAGAAAACCAGUGAUUUUAUAAAUGACGACUACACUGAGACUCAGUACACGAGUGACGGGACCCCUGUUGUCACUAAACCUGAUGAGAUGGAUCUCUGUUACUACCAAGGGAAGAUCAUGAAUGACAGCAAAUCAAUGGUCAGCAUAAGCACCUGUGAUGGAUUACGGGGGUAUUUUCAGAUUGCAGAACAGAAGUUCAUCAUUGAGCCUUUGUCUGAAGACCUUGACGGUGACCAUGCAGUGAUAAAGUAUGAAAAUGUGGUUGAUACUCCUACUGUAUGUGGAGUCAUUAACACUACUUGGCAUAAUAUUCCUGAGGGUUUCCCUGGCAUUUCUCCAAGCAAACCUAAAGCUCGCAUGUCAGGACAAACAAUGUUCCUACAAAAUAAAUACAACGAAGUCGUCCUUGUAGUGGACAACAGAAUGUAUGUGAAGAUGGACAAGGAUGUCUCCAAAGUGAGACAGAGGAUCUUUGAUAUUCUCAAUUUUGUUAAUGCUGUGUAUAAACCAUUGCACACUUUUGUUGCUCUGAUUGGUUUGGAAAUCUGGACCGAUGCUGAUAAGAUUGUGGUGUCUACGGCUUCUGGUGACACCCUGACCGCAUUUACUAAGUGGAGGAAUGACGAUCUGAUAAAGAGGAAGAAACACGACAACGCUCACCUGAUCACUGAAAUCGACUUUGAUGGGGCGACAGUGGGCCUGGCUUACGUUGGUACCCUGUGCACAGAGGUGUCUACAGGAAUCAUCCAGAAUCAUAAUCCACGUGUCAUAGCGGUAGCUGCCACCCUGGCGCAUGAGAUGGGACAUAAUCUGGGCAUGAACCAUGACAACAGCUCGUGUGCAUGUGCUGAAUCCAGCUGCAUCAUGACUGCAGUACUGAGCUACAAUAUUCCUCACCUCUUCACCGAAUGCAGCCUAAUUAAUUAUAAGCAGUUCCUCAACUCACGCAACCCCGACUGCCUCCUUAACAAACCGCAAGCCAAGGACCUGCUUCAGCCUGCAGUGUGCGGCAACGGAUUCCAAGAGAUUGGGGAAGAAUGUGACUGUGGAAAUGUGACGGACUGCACCAACCCAUGCUGCAAUGCCAGCACAUGCAAACUCACAAAAGGCUCAGCGUGUGCAGAUGGAGAGUGUUGUCAGAACUGUAAGAUCGCUGAUCGCACCCUAAUGUGCCGUCCUAAGCGUGAUGAGUGUGACCUGCCUGAAUAUUGCAUGGGAAAUUCCUCCUUGUGCCCCGAAGAUGUCUUUUCAGUGAACGGACUGCCAUGCAAGAACAACACAGGCUACUGUUACAACGGCCAGUGCCCAAGACGGGAUGACCAGUGUAUCAGAAUGUGGGGUUCAGGUGCGGUGGUAGGGGUUGAUUUCUGCUAUGACCAGAACAAACGAGGUGUAUUCUAUGCUUAUUGUACACGACCAACCGAUGACCAGUUUAUAGGAUGCCAAGGACAGGAUGUAAUGUGUGGGAAGCUUUUCUGUGACAAAGGCCAAGAGAUCCCAAUCUAUGGUCGCUCGAUCACGUUCAACAAUUGCAAAGCCACUUUUUACAGUGACAGAACCCAAGACUUUGGUCAAGUAAACACAGGAACCAAAUGUGGUGAUAAGAAGGUUUGUAAUAAAAACCAGUGUGUGAGUUUAGAUGUUGCCUACAAUGCAGCCAACUGCUCGGCAAACUGCAAUGGCAAUAGGGUGUGUAAUAAUAAGCUGGAGUGCACUUGCGCACCUGGCUGGCUCCCACCUGACUGUGUGAAACCAGUCAGUAGUUCUCAGCGUACAGACCCUACAAGUACCUGUUUUAUUUUUUUACUCAUCUACAUAUUUUCCUACAUCCAAUCCUAGUCCCAGAUAUAGGCUAUGUAAAGUUUCUAGUUCUAGACAUCAUGUAGUAAUAGUAGUUUAAAGGCUUAAAUACAGUUCUUAUUUAAGUUUCAACUCUCUGCACACACAGAACAUUUCCUUGUUUCAGACAUUUCAAAGGGUGUGUCAAAGCAAAGAUUUUUAGAAUUGUAACACCCAAAAUGUAAAAAAAAAUGUAUGUAAAUGAAUCGAUCAAGUUGUAUGGUCUUUAAUAACUUCUAUAUGCAAACAAAAAAAAAAAACUCAGGUGACAACAAUCAAAAAGUAUUUUGUAGGAAUUUUUUAAGAACUUCAUCAGCAGACUCUGGACUGGUUCCUACUUGGAUGGAAGACAGCUUGUUGAUAUUGGGUGCUGUAAGCUUUUGUGGAUUAAUUGUGGCUCAAUGCCUAAAGUUACUGAUUUAAGGCUCGGAGGGUCAGACUCCAGCUUUGCCAGGUGGCCACUGUUGGACUCUUGAGCGAGGCUUUUAACCCAAUUGGCUUCAGCGGCGUUGUGUCAUAACAUCUUACCCCAGCUUCCUUACCAGAUGAAGUAGGCGAAGAAUAAAGUGUGAUAGAAUUUAUUGUGCUGUAAUGCAUAU